AUUAAUUUUCUUCCUCAUAACUUUUGCAUUACUUACCAGUAUAUAUAGAAAAAUAAAACGAGAGUAAAUAUUAAUUAACAAAUACGAAACUUAAGUAGCUGUGAGUGCGUCAAACAACGAGAUAAUGCAAUGUUCUAAGUCGUAAUAUUAACACAGAUACGGGCAGUGCUGUUUUCCGGAUAAACGCAUAUAGUGUAAAAAUAUUAAAUUUCUAAUGACUUCAGCGUAAAUCCUCAGUCAAGUAAGUGCGCACAAACGAUUUCGUUGAAUAUCCCGAAUCGGAGAUGGACGACCUGGAGAGCCUCUACUUCGACACAAUCUCGCUGGCCGACUCUGCGGCUGCAGCCGCCGUCGCUGCCGCACACCGCAAAUCACUCUCCCAAUCACGCAACACCAUCUACCACUCGGCGGUGGACCUAGCCGGCGAAGAUACACCAUCAAAGCGGCGUAGUUUGCGCUCAGAAAACGGCAGCAGUCGCAGCAAUGCCUCAGUGGCGGCAGCGGCAGCGUCGGCGGCGGCAAUGAACAAUCCGAACAGCCGUUUGCCAUACAAUCUGAACUAUCGUCACUCAUCCGCUUUGGAGCACUACAACAAUAGCGCGAGCAAUGCGAAUGCCAACAAUGGAGCUGGCCUAAGCGCUGGCGACCAAGCGGAUGCGGCUAUUGCCGCCCAAGUCGCGGCGAUGCACAACGGACGCACGCAUACGUACGGCAACAGCAUCGGCCAUAGCAACAGCGCCGGCGGUAAAAGCAACAGCACGCCGCAGCUGAAUGCCGAUGAGGUCUCUAAGCGUCUCUUACAAAAUAGUACAAAUACUAGUAAAGAUAAGAAAUUGCCAAUUACGUACUCCCAGUGGAAAUUUAGGACACGUCGACGCUUCCAAGAUGGCAAACGCAGUGUGGAUUUCGUCUUGGCCUAUAUCGGCGAUGAUGAUUAUAUACCGGAAAAUAGACGAAAACGCGAAAUAUUCGAAACGAAUCUAAUCAAAGAGGGUCUGCAUUUGGAGCAUGACAAUACGCAGCGCAUACAUUUUAUCAAAAUUCAUGCGCCACUCGAGGUGCUCUGCCGUUAUGCCGAAAUACUGAAGAUCAAAUUGCCAAUGAAGAAGAUACCUGGACAGGAGCUUAUAGCGGAAGAUGAUUUUCGUAUCAAAUACGUUCUUACCACUACCUGCAGUCGCAUCUUCAGUUGGCUAAGAGUCAGUGCGGAGCGUCCAUAUCGCAUACACUUUGAGUUCUCCCGCAAUUAUGAGCAUUUAUUCGACUGGGAGCAACCGAAUUUCUUCGAUGCUGGCGUGCGCAACUCGAUCAUCGGCUUCAUAUUAGAGCGUCAGCAUUUCGUCGAAGGCGAGGAGACACCGGAUAAUUUAGGUAUUGAGAAGUUAUUGGAGGACCGCGUCUAUCAUAGCGCAUACCCACUGCAUGAUGAUACGGACCGUGACUUUCUGCUGCAAGAAUGGGCCACACUCAGCAAGUGGAUACACCUGCAGCCAUUGGACAGCAUAAAAGAGUAUUUUGGUGCGAAAGUUGCCUUAUAUUUUGCCUGGUUGGGUUUCUACACACACAUGCUAAUACCUGUCAGUGUAUUGGGCAUAUUAUGUUUCAUUUAUGGCUUUGUAACGUGGAGUAGUGAUCCCAUAAGUCGCCAAAUUUGCAACGAUAACCAAACGACACUCAUGUGCCCGCAAUGUGAUCGCAAUUGUGACUACUGGCUCUUGGAGACGACUUGUAACUCAUCGAAAAUGAAUUAUCUGAUAGAUAAUAACAUAACGGUGGUGUUUGCCUCCAUAAUGGCACUAUGGGCUGUAGUCUAUUUGGAGCUCUGGAAGCGCUAUUCUGCCACUUUAGUGCACCGUUGGGGUUUGACCACCUUCUCAAAGCACGUUGAACAUCCGCGUCCGCAAUAUUUAUCCAAACUACAAAAGCACAAAGAUAUCACAGAGCGUUGGAAGAAAAGCAAUAAUAUACUGGAACCCGAUGUGCCGUUUUGGCGCAUAAAAUUCCUGCCCAGCUUCACCAGCUACAGCAUUAUGGUCUUAUUUAUCUGCGUCUCACUGAUCGCCAUCUUCUCCAUGAUAGUCUAUCGCAUGGCACAGAAAGCAUCGCACAGCAUUUUGGGCAGUGAUAAUUCAAUGACCUACAAAAUAAUGGUGCUUCCUAUGACCGCCGGUAUCAUCGAUCUAAUCGUUAUCUCCAUGCUCGAUUAUGUCUACACUUCGCUGGCCGUUUAUCUCACAAAUAUGGAAUAUUGUCGCACCCAAACGCAAUAUGAUGAAAGUCUGACAGUCAAAAAUUAUAUCUUUCAAUUUGUCAACUACUAUUCCUCGCUGUUUUAUAUCGCCUUCAUGAAGGGCAAAUUCGUUGGGUAUCCUGCCAAAUAUAAUCGCAUCUUGGGCUUCCGACAGGAAGAAUGCAAUCCCGGCGGCUGUUUGAUGGAGCUUUGCAUGCAGCUGGUCAUCAUUAUGGUCGGCAAGCAGGCGGUCAACGCCAUCGUUGAGAUGCUCUUUCCAUAUAUCAUGCGUUGCAUACGCAAGCUCUCUGCGCGCAUGGGCAUGCGCAAAGUCGAGAGUGAAGAGAAACUGAUAUCGUGUAAUCAGUGGACAGAAGAUUAUCACCUAGAGCCAUCGAAUACGAACUCACUAUUCUCGGAGUAUUUGGAAAUGGUUUUGCAGUUUGGCUUCAUCACACUUUUCGGCUUGGCCUUCCCGUUAGCGCCGCUGUUGGCCUUAAUUAAUAACGUCAUAGAAGUGCGUUUAGAUGCCAUAAAAAUGCUUAAGCUCAUAAGACGUCCGGUGGCGCAGCGCGCUAGCAAUAUUGGCGUAUGGUACAACAUGAUGGCGAUCGUGGCGCGCAUUGCCGUUGCUUCUAGCGCUAUGAUCAUUGCAUUUUCCACAAAUCUCAUACCGAAACUGGUCUACACAACUGCCACAAAUGACGCAUCCUUAGAAGGUUAUCUGAAUUUUACGCUGGCCUACUUCAACACAGAGGACUUCCAGGUACAACCAGUGCUGCGGGGGAGCAUUUAUGAGAAUGUAACCUCCUGUCGUUAUACUGAGUUCCGCAAUUCUCCUUGGGAUGAACAACCAUAUAAGCGCCCCACAUAUUAUUGGAAAAUUCUAACGGGACGUCUGGCGUUUAUCGUAAUUUUUCAGAACGUCAUCGGCAUGAUACAAGGCAUAAUCGCUUGGGCUAUUGCCGACGAGCCGAGCAAAUUGCGCAAGCGCAUCGAACGCGAAGGUUUCCUACUGCGCGAACACAUUAUCGAGUAUGAAAAGAAAACGGCGGCAGAAAAGGCAGCAGCGCGUCGUGCCAUAGACGAAGCGCAAUACGAAGACGAGAAAUUGGAUUUCUACGCUAACAACAAGGAGACGACGACGGCACAGCCGCAGACGGUGCAACGCGAUUAUGGCGACAAUGAUAAUGUCGUUUAUAGAAAUGAGCGCACAACGCCGCUGUAGAACAACGAUUUGCUAACUGUAAUAUACGCUAUAAAUAGUUUUACUUUGUAAGCCAAUGGCGAACGAAAUGCUUCUGCAUACCUGUUUUAUACAUUGUAUACGGUAUAAUAUGGGGUUAUGUAAUGGCUAUAAUUAACAUAUAGAGGUGAUUGCGCAAGCACAAGAGCAGAAACAAAAAGCAAAAGCAAAAAAUAGUUAGAAAAUAUGUUUGUAGGCGGUUUGUAGAUUUUUUAUAAUAAUUGAAUUUUUUCUUAACUCAUUGCGAAUAUUUCUAGACUGCAUUAAGAAUGCCGCACACAUUUGAGUGUGUGUGUGUGUGUGAAUUUGUUGGAUUGAAAUAACAAUAUUGUUAGGUACUUAAAGUGUUUUAAGCUGCAACAUCACCGUUGUUGUACUUGUAACUGUUAUCUAUGUAAAUAUAAUAUAAAAAAUUAAAUUUUUAGUAAAUACUGCUAAUUAGCAAACAAAAACAACAAAAAUCCAGUGAAAUAGUAACAAAAAACUGCUCAAGAGAUAAGAGAUAUUAUUAUAUUUGUAAUAUGCAAAGAAAAAUUCCAUACAUACAAUAUAAAUACAUACAUAUGUGUGUAUGCAAGUAGGCUAUAUAAAGCAGCUAUUGCAUAAAAAAAAGCAAUAAAAUAUUUAAUUUUAACGCCAAGCCUGAACGCAUACGUCAAAACAUUUGUUAAUUAAUUAUAAUAUGGAAAAAUUGAUUUCUUUUUUAUCCGAUUCGUUGCAUUUUCAGCCACAUUUGCCUUAAAGUACGAGCAUAAAUGUUAAAAUUUUUAUAUGUAUUGUAAAUAUUUCAUAUGUUUAUAAAGCAAACAGUUUGUAGUUGAGUCAAAACGCGCCACAAUUACACAUGUUCACACAUAUGUAGACGAAUAUAUAAAUAUUUAUAUAUUUAUACCAGCAGGUGUGUGUCCAUUUUUCGUAGCAAUAGUACUGAGUAAAAGCUAAAAAGCAUUAAUAAAUCAGAAUUUGAAUAGAUUAACACA